CAGAAAGCAGUGAUGAAUAGUCUUAUCCAAGGAUGUACCAAAGAACAGCAUUGUCUCUUGGAAAGUCCUACCGGUAGUGGUAAGACUCUGGCUCUUCUCUGUGGAGCUUUGGCAUGGCAAGAGCAAUACAGGGGAAAUAAGGCUGUGAUCAACUGGAUUUUAUCGACUAGUCGAUAGUGAUGUCUGUGAGAAGUGAGCAGCCCUCGAGCGCGCCAGCGAAGUUCUUAUUCCCGAAAUUAAACGGCGGUUCAUCCCCCCAGCUUCAACCGGAGCUUUUAUUUGAUUCGCGAUGCGACAGCCAAGAUAGCCGGCACGGCGCCGAGCGUGGUGCUUAUCCGAGCUCCCUCGUGUUCGCGGAUGCGGUCUGAAAGCUUUUUCGCCGCAUAGUAGGAGGAGGAAGAGGAAGAGAGAUGAGAGGUAAAAGAGGGACGUGGUGGCGAGACGCGGGAGCGAGCAGGCGGGUGAUGUUCCAUCAUGGGGAAUGAAAAUCAGGGACCCCCUCGGGGCUCGGAAUUAAAAUGGCUGUCACACGCAGCCGGGGGUUGUGCUCUUCCUGCGGAAAACCUCGGCGAGAGGAAGAGGAGGAAGAGGAGGAGAAGGCAUGAAAGGACGACAUACAUGAAAGAAGAGGAAAGAGGAGGGGACGUAUCGGUGCGGACGUGUGCAGCUGCGCCUUGUAUCAUACCACCUAUAUUCUUACGCAGGGUGGUUAUAUCGGCGAGGGAAUAAUGCCACGGGGGUGCCGGAACGGUUUCAUUACACGGCUUCCCGAGGGAUAAUAUCCCGGCCUAUCUCUCCGCGGUCGACCCCAACGGGGGUGAAAUUCCGUGCCACCGACCCACCUCGUAUGAAAGAUGAACCCUUCGUGUGGCGACCCCAUACUGGAGGAGUAUCACUCAGAGCAACCCCUUUGGAGGGAGAACGCGUCCGAGAUGAGCAAGGGAGGAAAUUGCAGCAACCGACCACACUGGGGCGAGGGAUCGACAUGCGGCGACAGAAAAUGGCCGAUGGCCUCGUGGCGAUCGCAAAUACGAAGGCGCUGUUUUAAUAACGGUACCGGCAUAACAACUGGUUAUGCCGUGACGAUUUCUGACUCUUGUCUAUUCUCUCUCUCUCUCGAAGCUAUGGAAAGAGCGAUGCGCGCUGAAUUCAACAAUACGCAACAGAUGUUGUAUAUUUCCAGCUCUUUUCUUCCUAAAUAUGAGAUUUUUAAAGAGAAACUUCAGCGGGAGGAGAGCAACGAAAUAAAUGCAGAGAAUUCGUGCUGCAGCGACAAGGAUUCUUUAGACGAUAAUUUUUUCUUAAACUCAUCACAAUACUUCGACGAAGAAUGGUGCGAUAAAGUUCUGCACAAAGCCAAAGCACAGAAAAUGCCAAAAAUAUAUUACGGAACACGAACGCACAAACAAAUCGAGCAAGUAGUGAAAGAAUUUAAAAGGACCGUGUACAAGGAUAAAAGAAUGACUAUAUUGAGUAGCCGGAAACAUACGUGCAUUCAAAAUAGCAAUAGGAAUAAGGAUGAAUUGUGUAAUGAGCUACUCGAUCCAUUAAAGUUAGAUAAAUGCCGAUACUAUAAUGACCAAAGUAAAAGAAGGAUGACAUUUUUUAGCGGGUUAAAAACGCCUUGGGAUAUAGAAGAUUUGGUUUCGUUGGGCCGAGAUAUCGGAAUCUGUCCAUACUUUGGUGCGAGAUCAUUGAUGGACAAGGCUGAAAUCAUCUUUUGUCCUUACCAAUAUAUCGUGGAUCCACAGAUUCGCGAAAGCAUGCAGAUUAAUCUGAAAGGCGAUAUUAUAAUCUUUGAUGAAGCUCAUAAUAUCGAGGAUAAUUGUCGAGAGGCUGCCAGUAUAAACCUCAGAAAUGAUGAUCUUAUGAUCGCUGCCAACGAUUGCAAACAUUAUGAUCGCAAAUGUCACGAUCGCAAUAUUUAUAUUACCAUUCAAAAGUAUCUUACUGAUAUUGUAAAAUUCCUGGAAACUAUUGAUCUUAAACAGAAUGACAACGAGAUGGUUAGUGAUUAUUGGCUUGGUGCUGAAUUUUUGGUAUUACUCGAUAUGCAUAAUAUUGGGAGUUCGAGAUUUCCCGAUUUUCAUCAUGCUAGCAAGGUGGCUAUUCAGGAUUUCGAGACAAUGAAACAAGAGACUCGUCCUGACAAAAUAUUUCAGACUAUUUCGCACGAUACUAAGAAAAUUUUAGAGCAUCUUUGUUUUGCUAUACAAAUGCUAACAACAGAUAUUUUUGUCAACGAUUAUAAAAUAUGUGUCAAAGAAAGUAUGAAACCUUGUAAGAAGAUUAUACCCGAAAAUGUCUGGAUUUCGACGAAGAGUAAACCAUUACGAGAACUGAAACUGUUAUGUAUGAAUCCCGCUAUAGUUUUCGGACCUUUGGCCCGUAUUGCUCGUUCAGUGAUAGUUGCUUCAGGUACUCUUACGCCCAUUAUGUCGUUCCAAAGUGAACUUGGAACGAAAUUCUCGCAUAUAGUCAAUCCUGAUCACAUCAUAUCGAAGGAGCAAGUGUAUGUGAGAUGUAUACCACGUGGGCCGAAUGGAAAAACCUUGAUAGCUAAUUACGAAAAUAUAAAUUCUUGGAAUUUUCAGGACGAACUCGGUAAUUUGGUUCUUCAAGUGUGUGACGCAGUGCCAUAUGGUGUGCUAUGUUUUUUUCCAUCUUACUCCGCAAUGAAGAAGCUACUCGAUAGAUGGAAAAGUAACAAGACAUUAGACAAACUCAAGAAAUUGAAAGAAAUUUUUGUGGAACCGAAAAAUAACGAGGAUUUUGUCACGACGAUGAAAGCGUAUUGUGAUGUAAUCAAGGAAUCGUCGUCUAAAUCCUUUCGUGUGGCAUCUGGAGCUAUCUUUUUCGCAGUUUUCAGGGGAAAAGUGGCGGAAGGAAUCGAUUUUAGCGAUAACGAGGCUCGAUGCGUAUUAGCAAUCGGUAUACCGUUUAAAAAUAAAAACGAUGUAUCUAUGAAGAUGAACUAUAACGACUUGAAUAAGUCCAAAGGUUUCUUGUCUGGUUCAGAUUGGUAUACUGUAGACGCGUUUAGGGCGUUAAACCAGGCACUAGGCCGUUGUAUUAGACAUAAAAAUGAUUGGGGUGCUGUGCUACUAGUAGAUGAAAGAUUCCGGUACAAACAUAAAAUUAACUAUUUACCAAAGUGGAUUAAAACAAAAUGGAUAAAUGAUGAUGGGAAUUACGAUCUUCAAACAGAACUUGAAGAUUUUGUAGCAAUACAAAUUGCACGUGAAAGAGGAGAAAAAUGUGCCACAGCUGUAUAGAAGAUCAACUUUUUUUUUUUAAAUAUAUAAAGGAAUCCACGUUGCUAGAGAUUAAAAAUA